UGGGACUACGUGUACGACCGGCUACAGCUGCAUGAUCGAGAAAUGAUCAAGGGAUACUCGGAGGAUAUCGAUAACCUCCUCAUCUUUCUCCAACAAAUCUCCUUGAACCAAGCCGCACCUGCGUCCAUCGAUCCGCUGAACAUGUCCUUUCAGGCCGAUUCCCAUGUGGUCGCGAUCAACGCACUCUGGUUCCUCAGCCUCAUCCUCGCGCUCGCCUCUGCUCUGCUCGGCAUAUUCGUGAAGCAAUGGCUUCGCGAGUACAUGGCAUGGCCGAACAUCUCCCCCGUUCAGCACGCCAUACAGCUUCGGAAGUUCCGCUACGAUGCCUUUCAAAAAUGGAAAGUCCCCACUAUCGUG